AUGACAAAUCUUGUUAUCUCAACUUGGGAUGUGAAAAAGCUUUGCCUUGAGUAUGACACCGAACCAUAUUACCAAGCUCUAGAUGUUAAAGUCAGGGAUUUUGCAUCCGCGGUUGGGAUUGAGGUUUUCAGUCCUGUAAGUCAUACGCUGUUCAAUCCAGGGGAGAUUAUACAGAAGGAUCCUCUAAUGGUAUUGACAGUGAAAUGGGCUUUCCAGCUUGCUUAUGGCAAACUGCCCGGAGAGAUUCGGUUGUUUACUUUGUCUCCUUUUCAUUUCUGCCCAGUAGAUCCUCUAGUGAUCAAUUUUUUGGCACAUGGCAUCAGGAUAUCAGUCUCACAUUGGGUGUUGUUUUAUAUUCUCUUAUCAUGUGAAGACCCUAAACAGAGAGAUCAUGGGUAUCCGUUGUGUGUGGUUAUACCUGCUGUUAUUGGUGCCCGUUCUAUUAAAUGGCUUGAUUCUAUUAAUGUCAUUGCAGAGGAAUGUAAGGGCUUCUUUAUGCAAAAAGACUACAAAAUGUUUCCACCUUCAGUAAACUGGGAUAACAUUAAUUGGUCCACCAGGAGGCCACAAAUGGAUUUUCCUGUCCAGUGUGUAAUUUGUUCUUUAGAGGAUGUGAAUGCUGUAAAGCCUGGAAAGUGUUAUGAGUGUUCAUCUGACGAGUUCAAAGUCUUUGGUUCGAGUAGCUGGAGUUGCAUAAGAGAUUCAAAAGAAGAAGGGGCGGGACGUGUAUGUUAUGGUGAGCUACUUGAUAGGAAUUCUGGAAGUUUACUUAGUACUGACUAUGUAGUUUUGUCAAGUGAAUUUAACACUUUAUAGAACCUGAAGAAUUUUUUACUUAAUGCCCCUGCUUUUGAUAGUGUUGAUAGUUUGACCAUUUUCUUCAAUUUCUAAUGAAGGUGUUGUAGUGUUGGCAUGGAUUGCUUUUGCUAAUCUUUGAUUUUAAACAACUCUUGGCUGGUCUUAGAAUUGUGAUUGACCCUUGGCUGGUCUUAGAAUUGUGAUUGUUGGUUGGUUAUAGAUGAUGAGUUUCAUAAUAUUUUUCAAUUUAUGAUAUUUACUGUAGAUGGUA